AUGGAGGGCAUGGGUCGGGUGGAGAGCGUUGCGGAGCAGGGGCACCUCUUUCACUUCGUGGUGGAUGACGUUUCCCCUGAUGUCCCUGAUACAACACGCGCACGGCACUACUACGUUGUGUCUAGGGACCGCUCACGCGUCCGUGCCUACUUCUACCUGCUUCUAAGCCUCUGUGAGCUGAGUGAUUGUGCCAGGCUGAGCCACUGGUUGGCACUUUACAGUCGACUCUUUGGUGCCAUUUCCUCCGAACGCUUUUUAGAAAUGAUUCUUGACACCGCAAAAACAUGCGUCUAUCAAUACGUCUUCUUUGUCGAUGAGUAUGUCGCUCAGUUGGCGUUAAACACAUUGACAAUAAACUCCUCCUCCACUCUGUGCGAGCGAAACGGCGGGGAGUCACGGAAUCAUUUGUUUCAGACUCCAAAAAGUGCAGGGACGGUAGAACUCAUAGAGCCCCUUGCUGAAGUUGAUAGUCAGCAUCACGUUGAGGCGGAUUCGCUGCAUAAAUGCGCGGCCUCAAGUAUGUCGUUGGCAGAACACACGAUGCUGGAGAGUCGAUCACGGGAGGUGCAACUACUUCUGCAGCAGGAGCGAAAUCAACGCGAGAUAGAGCUGGCAGCGUUGCGUGAGGCGAUGACUGAGAUGAAGCAGAAACUGGUUAGGCAGGAACAGGAGCAUCAGAAACGACUUCGUCAUCAUUUUGUUGAGCACCAGGGCGAACUGCAUCGGUUAGAGGAUGAGAAAGAAUACCGCGAGGCACAAGUCUACCGUACCCAAGGCGCAAUGCUGCGGGAGCAGGAGUGUCUCAUCCAGCAGUUGUCAGAGGAGAACGUCUCCUUACAGCAGCGGCACCACGAGUCAAGCAUAGAGGCAGAGCGCUGGCGCAUGAAAUGCCAAGAGCUUAGGCAUAUAUUAAACAACACGGUGAAGACAGCGUUGUCUCCGUUAAACACCGUCAGUCGGGAACAAUACAACGACCUUGAGAGGCGGCAUCAGCUUCUUCACAAGGAAUUUGACGAGUUAUCGUUGGAAAGGUCGGAGGUGGAACAGCUGCUACGACAAACACGGCAGGAAUUGCACCAACGCCGCGCUGAACGGGACAGCGCGGUACAAGUGUUGGAUGUAUUGCAGAAGGGUCUCGACUACGUCGGUCGCAAGUUACCGCUUGUGUGUGAGGUGCCCGCCACAUAUGUCACCCAAAACUUUACACGUUAG